AACGCAAAGUACAUACUAAAUGGCGUCUAAAGUUGUUUUUUAUUCGCGAUAAGUGAAUUAAUGUUCAGAUAUUAUGUAUUGCGUUCGUAUUAAAUAAGCAAUUACAUUUCUUUUGGAUUUGUUAAUGUUUCGGUAAUGAUUUGUAACUAAUACGACAAGGCAACUCGUGUUGUGGCGUGUAACAAUGGCGUCGGAUAAUUCUAUGAAAUCCCAUGUAAAAGUUGGUGACAAUCACAAUUUCGGUGAAGAUAAUAGCCCCGGUGAUGGUAAACUAGUAGUCGUUGAAGGUGGCAAGCGCCGGCGAAUGAGUCAUGAGCAUAAAAAUCUUACGAAAUUGGGCUCCAUAUCAAACGUGCCAACUAAUUCGAAACACGCAACAUCUGCAGAUUCCAAAGGAAAGAAAAGAAAGCUCAGCUCAGAAUCAAAGGACCUAUGCAGAUGGGGUGAAAAUACGCGACCCGCAAAACUCAGCAAGAUAUGGCCAGUGUUUGACUCGGGAGGAUUUGGGAACACCAUGAUCCUCACAAUGAAUAUCUUACACAAUAAACCAUAUAAGAAGAACCCCCUGUUGUUUGACAAGUGUGAAUUAGACGUUAACCAGCAUGACUGGUUCGGUGGUAUCAACACAGGGUGGAAACAAAUGCAACUGUCAAACACAAUACCAAAUGAUGGGACCACAAGACGUAUUUAUUCAUCUGUGUCUAGACAGCUGAGGAUAAUUAAUAACCACUUUCAGCAUUCUAUGUAUAGGUAUAAGUACCCAAAGGUCACAAGGUCCAAUGUGCUUCUAGAGAAUUCUAACACCCGUGGAAUGACCACGCAUAUAAGCAUGUCUAUGAAAGCUAUAAAGUUCCAAGCUGCACCUAGAAGGGAACUUCCCUGUUACGGCAAUUUGGAGUUGCCCUUCAAAAUUAAACAGGAGCCGAUGACAACACAUCAAGUGUAUCCAAGUAUCAAAAGAAGUAUAAAGGCUGAAGUUGAAAAAGUCCAAAGUGAUACAAAGUUUCAAGUUGAAAGGGAUAAGGUGAAAGAUGAGCGGGAUAAGGAGAAGGAUAAGGACAGGGAGAGAGAAAGAGAGAGAUCCAGUCACUCGUCACGGCACGCGUGCCAGCAAUGUCGGCGCAGAGCUCGUAUAAAGCGGUGCUCCAUCGGGGUGCAGUGCAAGAGAGAACGGACCACACCUACUUGGGGACCUUUGGCUCAUUCCCUGGACUUGAAGGAGAUGAAGUACCACAGGCUAAUGCGGGUAGAAACACAUCCGAACGGUGGCGCUAGUGUCGUAUAUUUACAUCAGAAUGACGUUGACAUGCUCAAUACUGUGCAGCAGGAAGUGCUGGCGAAGGAGUUUCUAAAGUUGGUGUUCUCGGAGGACAGCGAGGGUUGGGCCAACUUUGUGUGUGGAGUCGUCCAAGGUGCUGCCGCCAGACUGCCGUGCCUGCUGAGCUACCUGUCGGACAGGUAUCCCACGCUGCCGGUGAAGGCGGGAGUACUAGCUCGCGCCAGUGACAUAGAGACUACCACCAUCAGCCGGUACUUCCAACAGGUACAACAAAGCUACGCGGCAGGCACAUUCCGUUGCGGACCUCUGCAUCAGAUCUCGUUAGUUGGUACAGUCCACGAGGAGGUCGGGGGAUACUUCCCCGACAUGCUCGAUAUGCUCUGCGAAUGUCCCUUCCUUAGAAUGACAAUGCCGUGGGGUCCAAUGUCGGCUGUGGAAAUGGAUCCACAGGAAUCGAAUGAUGGUCCAAUACUGUGGAUAAGGCCGGGGGAACAACUGGUGCCCACUGCUGAACUGGGGAAGAGUCCUAUUAAGAAGAGACGGACGGGUAUCAACGAGCUCCGAAACCUUCAGUACCUGCCUCGAUACAGCGAGGCGCGGGAGUUCUUGUUCGAAGACCGCACGCGGGCUCACGCCGACCACGUGGGCCAUGGUCUGGACCGGAUCACCACGGCCGCUGUCGGUGUGCUCAAAGCCAUUCAGUGCGGUGACGAGAACGAGCGCGGACGCAUCACGAAGGACGUGGUCGCGUUUCACGCGGCAGAUUUCAACAAACUGGUGCAGCUCCUGCAACUGGAUCUUUACGAGCCGCCCAUCUCGCAGUGUGUCACUUGGCUGGAGGAAGCCAAGUUGAAUCAGCUGCGUCGUGAAGGCGUGCGCUACUACCGGCUGCCUCUUUGCUCCGACGACAUUUACUUCUUGCCCAGGAACAUCAUUCACCAGUUCAGAACCGUCUCCGCUGUCACCUCUAUUGCGUGGCACUUAAGACUGAAGCAGUAUUAUCCUUCAUCAGAAGCAUCAUCGCCCGCAGACGAGAGAAUACCGGACGCACCCAUCAUCAAUCCAGUUGCUGAGGAAAAUAAAUCUUCGAAACACAAGAGUGGUGUAAUAGAAAUGAGAGCAUUGAGCGCAAAAUUUAAAGAAAAGGCUGCGUUAAAGGUUUCUAAUCUAAGAAAAAGUUUGGACAAAGAUAAGCCUGAAAGACGGACAGAAAAACAGGACAAGACUGAAAAAUUUGACAAGCAUAAUAAACCCAAAGUUGAAAAACAUGGAUCAGAUAAAUCGGAACGACCUAACGAUAAAUCGGAAAGGACACCUGAUAAACAGGUUAAAGGCGAUAGGACAUCCGAGCAUAAAGAAAAGGCUUUUGAUAAGGAAAACAAAGUUGAUGUUAAAGAUAAAGAAAAGUCUUCCGAACUUAAACUCAAUGAUAAAGAUAAAGAGGUUAAAUCUGAUAAAUCUGACAGACCUGAACGAAAGGAGAAGUCAGAGAGAAGAUCUUCAGAGAAAUCAGAUAGGGUAGAAAGGAUAGAAAGUCGUCAUGAUAAGGACAAAGCAGAUAAAGACAGAACUGAAUCUCGAACAGAUAGAGACAGGAAUGAAAAGGAUAGGUCGAAAUCGGAUCGGUCGGAGAAAACGCAUGAUCAUCACCGUAGACAUUCGUCGUCGAGACACAAGUCGCACAAGUCUGAGAAAAGGGAGAAGGAACACAGAAAAGAAAGGAGUUCUAUUGAUAGAAAACACGAAAGACACAGAGAUGGGAAAGAGGCGAAAGUCGCUUCCACAGUGAAUGGGAAAGAGACAAAAAGUGUUUUAACAGAAUAUGCAAAAGACACAAAAAGAUGUACAGACAGCAAAACAGAGAGUAACAGUUACGAUAAGACUUUGCCGAAAGAGGUAAAAAACAGUAAACCUGAAUGUGUGAAAGACACUAAUAGUGUUCCGAAAAGUGAUAUUUUGAAAGACAUUGAGAAGGUAUCAAGUGAUACGUUACCACAAAUAGUUCAACGAUCCCCGGAUUAGUGAAUGAUAUUGUGUAACAUACAAUGUAGUUCGGACACUUGUGUGUGUCCCUGAAAUUUCACAUAAUUAUUAUAAUUUUCAAGUGCAAGUGACAGUUGCAUGUUUGAAACUUCCCAUUUUGUUUGCCUCAAAUUAAGAACAUUUUAAGUAAACACAAUGAAAAGAUGGAUGAACACAAAAUAUUAAAAGUAAUUAAUUGAUUAGAUCCAUUAACAUGUUUUAAAAUAUUUAUUUACAUAGUUAGUUAUUUCAUAAACCAACACAUAGACACAUGAUGAUGUGAAAGAUGAUGAUUUUGAUUUGUGAAAGGUCAAUUUGAACAUUAUCACAAAGCUUUUAAAAUAGGUUAUAUGUCAUAAUAUGGGGCCAACUAUCAGUACGGGCGCUUAUCAUCCCUAUUGGUUGUUUCCAAUAUGUAUCAUGUAUACAUAAUAUUAUCAUUGCUCUAAUAUAAAAGGCCUUGAUAUAGAUUUAUAUAGAUUAUAUAGAAUUAUGUUAUUCAGUCCUUUAAUAGAAAUUGCACCUUCACGCUUGAUUAUAAGUUUCCAAAUCGUAUACCAAAUCUCACCAUAUUCGUGCUCUUUAAUUACAAAUAAAUACGAAAUAUAAUACAGCAAUUUGCCAAAAAUAUACACAAUUUCAAUAUAAGUCACAACCAGACAGUUUAACUAGAAAUAUUAAGAUCUACGAACCAUGCGUCAUUUGAUCGGUUGACUCAGUUGGUAAGAGUGCUCGGAUGAAACCCGACACGUUAUGGGUUUCGAGUCCCGCAUCGUUAAUUUGUAAAUUUUGUUUUGAAAUUUAAAUUGUCUAGAAUUGAAACUCCUCCGUUUUCCUGUCCUCAAAGUCUUACCGCUACCAUAAUUAGAGAGAUACUAAUGUUCAUCCGUUGAAUGUUGGUCCAACUUAUUUAGUAUGUGCUUAGACACAAAUCGUGACACAAGUUUAAGUAUAGUCAUAUUUAUCUUGCAAUUUUACAUACCAUCACUUUUUGUAAAUUACAUAGUUUAGUACAUAUUUGGUCAAUGAAUUGUAUUAUUACUAAUCUGUUUCGGCUGCAAAAUAGCAACUUUUAAGUUGAUGGUUCCAAUAAUUUAGGUGUCUGAUUAACUCCUUAAGAGUAAUAAUGGCUGUGAUGUAUUAACCAUUUUAUCACAUGUUAUGACUCAUAUUGAUACUGUUAUGUUCGUAUGAUAAGUAUUUCAUAUUCUAGUAGCCAUUUCUGACAACCAAAUAAUGUAUCAGAAUACUCAAGUUUACCCGCAUCAACUCAUGUGUAAUGCUUACCCGCAUCAACUCAUGUGUAAUGCCCGACAUGUUGAUAUGUCUGGCAUUACACAGCCACCCAUUUUGCUAGAAACUUCCUUGCACCAAAAUAAUAUGACUUUUUUAAACUAUGAUGUGGGGCUUAAAAUACAAUUAAAUCCUAGGAUCUUUUGUGCGCCUACCAUCAACUGACUAUAUAAACCGAGGCUUCUAGCUAGGAAAUGAGUGCCCUUACCGUGUCGAAGUUUAAAUUGUAUCCUCAAGAACUGUUACUUUAUGAAGCGUAGGAUCCUCAGAGGGUUUAUGCAAGGCACAUCCUCUGCUUUGAGUAAAACUGAUUUUAAGUCACCCCGACCUGAUUUUGGCAAUGGCCUUACAUUCCUUGGUCUUCAGUGGCUUCACAGCAGGUUUGAUUCACUGAGACCCAUUCUGGCUUAGGGACCUUCACCUUUUUUCCUACCUCUUGUAUUGGGGAUGUUGACGGGCAUCCAUUAUUUUACUUUGUGUAAUAUAAAAAAUAUGUACACAUUGUGACCUGAACAAUGGAUUGGGAUCCUUUACAUCCAUAAUCUAACAUCAUAUUACUCUGGUCUUGAUUCCAAAAGGGCAUCGCUGUCAGUGAUCGGUUAAUAAUAAGUUAUUUGCAAGUUUAUUUUUCAUUCUGUACUAUAAAAAGACUAUAGUGUCGACUAUUGUAAUAAUGAAUUAUACUUCUUUUGCUUAGCAAAACAAAACAUAAAUGUUCUAAUUCUAAUUUAAUGAAUUUCAAUAAUGUAUGUCCUUUGAUGUACAAAUUUUGCUGUUGUAGUUAUCAGAAAUCAUUAUGCGAUUCCAACUGUCUAAUUUGCCCAGCCUCUCCAUUAUUUUUUUAAAAUCCCAAGUUCAGGAUACAAAAGAUUCAAAAAGGCUUGCAUUUUUGUCCAUCAGGGUAAGUACCAAAAACUAACUACCAGUAUUUAGAAAGUGGUAUAUUCAAUCAUAUUGUUAAUAUUUACUGUCUAAUACAUAUUGGGAACAGCCACUAAUCAUUUUCAACACUCGAUUUCGAUCUCAAUGCUCUUUGUGAUAAUGUUCAAAAUGCCGCAGGGUUUUUACUAAUAUUAGAGUUGUGUAAGUAUAGUUGUAAGUUGUGUCUCUGAGAGGCUAUGCGGUGAAUGUGAUUGGAUGCAGUUUUAGACUUGAGAGUAUUCGUAAAAUUAAAAUUAGUUUACUGUUUUAUUAGUUUUUAGAGGAGGCAUAUCAUAAUGCAAUGGAAAAAUUAAGUGUAUGUAUGAAUUUCUAUGUAAGUAAUUAAAAUGUAUGCAUGAAUAACUAUACAACUGGUAAAUUGAAUCCAUUUUUCCACAUAAGUCUACAUGCAAUUGGUAAACUUGAAAAGUAAUGAAUAUAGUAUGUUGUUAUACUCAAGAUGUUAAGUGAAAUAUAGUUAAUGGUUAGAAAAAUAAAUUUAUACUUAAUAUUUUAUAGGUGAAUGAACCACCCACCCAAUUUUAGAUAAAGUUUUAUAUGGACUUAAAAGAACUAGCUACUACUACCUUAGCUUAGGCCUUCAUUAAUUCAGACAUUUUUAACACUUAGAAGACUAAAUGCCUAAACAUUUGUUUAAAGGAUGGAUUUUCUACCGUACUUAUUAUACUU